CUGUUCCGUUCCCCCAUCAUGUCCAUGUCCCACACCUGGAAAGCUCUCGCGAGCCUCGCUAGAUGCACCCACCACGUCUCACGCAGAACCUACUCAUCUACCUCCGACGAAGCUCGUGCCAAAUGGCGGCUUCAGGGCGUACCUGCACCGCGUUCAAUUCUCGAGGACGAUGACACGCCCGUGGACCUCUCUGAGGACGACGAUGCCGUGAACGGUCUCAGACCAGGUACCGCACCCAUACACAAGCGGAAACCUCCGAGAGCGCCUACUCCCGAAUCGUUUGGGCUUCAUAAGCGCACCAUGAAGGAGAGGUUCCCCGACGGCUGGAACCCGCCUCGCAAGCUGUCGCGGGAGGCCAUGGAAGGUCUUCGCCAACUCUAUCGAAUCGACCCAGUCAAAUUCGACACGCCUACACUGGCUGAGAAGUUCAAGAUCAGCCCCGAGGCCGUUCGACGCAUUCUGCGUUCGCGGUGGGAACCAUCCAAGGAGAAGCGCGUGCAAGCGCUGAAGGCGGAGAGACGGGAGACCGACCAGUACCACACACUGCGGAGGUUGAAGGAGAGGCUAGAAACGGAAAAGAUCCUGCAGGAUAAGGCGGACGUGGGAGGCGGGCGGAAUGGGCAUUCGCGCGAUAGGUUGGAAUUUCAGGCUGAGGAUUAGUGAUUGGAGGGUCCGUCUACUAUUAGUCCUUUCGCUCGUUACAAGCAUACACUACUCUACUGAUAUGUAAUACACACACGGAACAGGUUCAUAUACCAUGCUCGGAAAGCUGUUAAAUACGAUAGUCCACGAACCCCAGCAUCAGUGGUACAGUAUACAAAUCCUUGCCAAUGAUCUGGCGUCGCGUAUCAUAACCCUCAUACGGUGGCCUGAUGAGCUAUAGACUUAGCUCAGUUCGCUCGUACUUCAGAUGACAUGGUCGCGCCGGUCGUGCAUGCACUGCAUCGUUCCAGUCCGGUACUGGGGCUUCUGCGACCUCGGCACCGGCAGGGUCUACAAUUGAACUGUCGAAACCCAGCAGGAACAUGCCCACGAAUAACUUGAUCAUCAUCUUUGCCAGACGGUUCCCGAGGCAGACCGUGUUUCCGCCUCCAAACCCUAGGUAU